AUGGCGAACGAAGCCGCCAUGUUCCAGGCCGGCGAUCUAGUUGCCUAUAGUCAAAUCACUGGUCACGACCUGCCCGUCGAAGAGCUUCGCUUGCCUGCCGAAUUCGCCUGGGGGACUGCCACCGCAGCCUUUCAAGUCGAGGGUGCUGUUAACCAGGACGGCAAGGGUAAAUCCAUCUGGGAUACCUACACUCAUCUAGAGCCAUCGCGAACCAAUGGCCAGAACGCCGACGUUGCCUGCGAUCAUUACAACCGUGUAGAUGAGGAUGUGGCUCUUAUGGCAGCUCUUGGUGUGGACGUUUACCGCUUGUCCCUGGCCUGGACUCGCAUAAUACCCUCCGGAGGUCGGAAUGACGCCGUCAACGAGAAGGGCAUUGCUUUCUACAACAACCUCAUCGACAAACUUCUGGCCCAUAACAUUGAGCCAGUGGUUACUCUAUAUCACUGGGAUCUACCCCAGGAGCUCUAUGAUCGUUAUGGAGGCUUCCUCGACACGGCCGAUUUCAAGGCUGAUUUUGAGAAUUAUGCGCGCCUCUGCUUCGCUCGCUUUGGCGACAGGGUGAAGAAAUGGGUUACGUUUAACGAGCCGUACAUCAUUUCGAUCUUCGCCCACCACAACGGUGUUCUUGCACCUGGUCGGUGUGCAGCGACUGGCGCCGAUACUAAGACGGAGCCUUGGAGAGUCGGGCAUACCAUUAUCAUAUCCCAUGCCUCAGUCGUUCAGAUUUAUGCCAAAGAGUUCCAGUCUGAUCAAAAGGGUAUCAUAUCCAUCGUGCUCAACGGGCAUUUUUAUGAGCCAUUCGACGCCGAGAGUCAGCUUCAUAGAGACGCGGCGCAACGCCGGAUGGAAUUCUACUUUGGCUGGUUUGGAGAUCCAGUGUUCCUCGGUCAGGAUUAUCCAGACUCCAUGAGGCAGUAUCUUGGCGAUCGACUGCCCCAGUUCACGCCCGAAGAACAAGAUCUCCUCCGGGAGACAGCUUCUAUCAACGCGUUCUACGGCAUGAACCACUACUCAACCAAGUACGCUCGCGCCCUAUCCACUCCUCCAGCCGAUGAUGACUGGACCGGAAACAUCGAAGAGUCUUCAGUGAACGCUCAGGGCGUAGAAAUAGGACCGAUUUCUGGUGUACAGUGGUUGCGUCUCGCACCCGAAGGCUUCCGCAAGCUGCUCAACUGGGUCUGGGAUCGUUACCGGCUCCCUGUCAUUAUCACUGAGAACGGAUGCCCUUGUCCGGGGGAGGAUGACGUUGCUGUUGCGGUUGAGGAUAACUUUCGCCAACGUUAUUUCGGACUUUAUCUCGACGCCAUCUCACGCGCGAUCUACGAAGACGGAGUGCGCGUGGAGGGGUAUUAUGCGUGGACUUUGAUGGACAAUUUUGGUAAGUUCCCCUCCUUGUGA